AUGAACAGCUACGAUGGCCAGGCAGAUGCCCCGGCCGCUGCAUUUCUCACCGAGGGCCCGGGCGAGGAAGUGGAGGCAUCCGAUGACAAGGACGAGGAUGUCAUCCCGCGUUCUGGGUCCGACUGCUACCGCGUCCACCGGGUGCCGGUCUCUGAGGGGGCCAGCCAAGAAACAAUCGAACAGGGGUAUAGCCUGGAGCAUGAAGCACAGGAGGGGCUCCCCGAGCCAACGGUGCUGGCGGCCUUCCGAGCAGUCCUCACGGAUCCGCUUUCAAGGGAGGCAGAAGAGCAGAGCCCGUUGCUGCAGGAAGUGCGCAGCCUCCUUGCAGCUGCUAGGCAGGCGCCGCCCCCGCCCUCGCACCUGGCGGCCACGGCCACCGCAAAGGCGGUCGAGGACCCAGAGCGGCAUUUGUCCCGGCGCCGGGCCCAGGCGCUCUCGCGGCGCUCGCGCCAGGGCCGCCGGCCCCCGGCGAGCCGUGCCGUGUCAGAGACAGCAUCCGAGGCAGGCGAGUCCGAUGCUACUAGCUUGGUCUGUGUGGCAGAGGCCAAGGACUACAACGCCUUGGCUCGCACUGCUCAGCACGUCGGCACGCAGCGGCUGACCUCGGCUUCAGCUCGCCCGCCAGCAAAGAAGGCGGGCGGCUGGCCAGAGAUGUCCCUGGCAGAGACGUCGGUUGGACCGGAGAUGUCGCAGUCAGCCACCAUGUCCGUGAAGCGGGGGCACGAAGAGGCCGUGCACGCGGCGCCCUUCCAGAUCAACGCGAAUAUCCACUUCAAGGGCUGCCGCGAGGAUGAGAUCAUGCUGGCGGAAGUGGAGCGCGAGCAGCUGCAGAAGGUCCUGGCAACGAUGGGCAUCUUGCUGGAGCGGGUUGAGGAGAUCUCCGACCGGACAGAGUCAGAGGAGCCGAGGCCGCAGAAGAGCAGGAAGAGCAAGAGCCCCUUGGAGACGCCCAAGGCCGUACAUGCGGGGGCCCACAUGACGCCGGCGCCCCCGGCAGCUCAGCCGCAGGCCGAGAAAGCAGAGAUGGCGGCACCCGACGGCGAGAUCGAGAAGAUGCUUCGCGAGUUCGACUCUUGGAUCUGA